ACUUGACUGUCUCCUACCUCACUGUUUCCCCUCUAGGUGUUACCCAAAAGGUUAUUGGAGUAAAUGGGCAGUUCCCCGGACCCAUUCUAAAUCUCACUACCAACUGGAAUGUUGUUGCAAACGUCAAAAACAAUCUUGAUGAGCCUUUGCUUAUCACAUGUUAAAUGCAUAUAGGAAUGGUGUACAAUUGAGGAAGAGUUCUUGGCAAGAUGGCGUCUCUGGGACAAAUUGUCCAAUACCUGCUGGAUGGAACUGGACUUAUCAGUUCCAAGUCAAGGACCAGAUUGGGAGUUUCUUCUAUUUCCCUUCAAUGAACUUUCAAAGAGCAGCAGGUGGUUAUGGAGGAAUCACUAUAAACAAUAGAGAUGUUAUCCCUUUACCAUUUGGGUUGCCAGAUGGAGAUGUCACCUUAUUUAUCGGUGACUGGUACAUUAAAAGUCAUAAGGAAAUGAGAGUAGAUCUUGAAAAAGGCACUGGACUUGGAGCACCUGAUGGUGUGCUGUUUAAUGGGUUGGGCCCAUACCGCUACGAUAAUGGGCUUGUGCCUGAUGGCAUUCAUUAUCUUAUGGUCAAUGUUGAAGCAGGCAAAACAUACCGCUUGCGUGUGCAUAAUGUUGGGAUAUCUACCAGCCUGAAUUUCAGAAUACAAAACCACAAUUUACUUCUUGUUGAGACUGAGGGGUCAUACACCGUGCAACAGAGCUAUAUAAGCAUGGAUAUCCAUGUCAAAGCCCGUGGGAGUCGCUAUAUUGCACUACUUGAAUUCUCUUGGGCCCGCUGCGGGCCCACUCCCUGACCUGCCUGAAGAAAAUGACGUGAAUUUCUCGAUGAUGCAAGCAAGGUCAGUGAGAUGGAAUGUAUCGUCCAGCGCAGCCCGGCCCAAUCCGCAAGGCUCUUUCAAAUAUGGGGAGAUCACAGUUACAGAUGUUUAUGUUAUUGUAAAUGGGCCUGCAGAGAUUAUAGAAGGGAAAUGGCGCGCUACACUUAACGGAAUUUCAUAUUUUGCCCCUUCAACACCUUUGAAGCUUGCAGAUGAAUUCAACGUUCCAGGGGUUUUCAAGCUCGAUUUUCCAAACAGAGUGAUGGGUCGACCCUCGAAGAUCGAUACAUCUGUUAUCAAUGCGACUUAUAAAGCCUUUGUGGAAAUAGUAUUCCAAAACAAUGGCACAACUGUUCAAAGCUACCAUCUUGAUGGUUAUGCCUUUUUUGUUGUUGGGAUGGAUUAUGGCUUGUGGAACCAGAACAGCAGAAGCACUUACAACAUGUGGGAUGGAGUGGCUAGAUGCACUACCCAGGUUUUUCCCGGAGCUUGGACUGCUAUACUGGUUUUUCUUGACAAUCCCGGUAUCUGGAAUCUGCGUUCAGAAAAUCUUGAUUCCUGGUACCUUGGCCAAGAAGUCUAUAUCAGUGUUGUCAAUCCAGAGAACGCCGACAAAACUGAGCUACCCUUGCCAGACAAUACAAUAUAUUGUGGUGCACUCUCCUCUCUGCAGAAAGACCAAGCGCGACGAGUUAACUUCUCGAAGGGCUGCAACGUGAAUCUAGCACCGGACGAGGCAUUGGUCACUCACAUUCCUGGCUUCAAUGGCACUAUUCCUUCAAACCAUUAUGCUGGGUAUGUGACCAUAGACGAAACCACUGGUAAGAAAUUGUUUUACUACUUUGUGGAGUCGCAAAGAAGGCCAUCCGAGGAUCCGGUGGUUCUGUGGCUCAACGGCGGCCCCGGCUGCUCAAGCUUCGAUGGCUUCGUCUACGAGCAUGGGCCUUUCAAUUUUGAGCUUGGGAAGACAGGUGAUAGCCUUCCCAUUUUGCAUAUCAACCCUUAUAGCUGGUCCAAGGUUACAAAUAUUAUAUAUUUGGAUUCUCCUUCUGGUGUUGGAUUGUCCUAUUCAGGGAAUGAAACUGAUUACAUAACCGGGGACCUAAAGACUGCUUCUGAUUCUCACACCUUUCUCCUCAAGUGGUUUGAGCUAUACAAGGAAUUCCUUCCCAAUCCAUUUUAUAUAGCUGGAGAAUCUUAUGCUGGAGUAUAUGUACCAACUCUGGCUUCUGCAGUAGUAAAAGGUAUUGAUGCUCGCCUAAGUCCGAAUUUAAACUUUAAGGGUUACAUGGUGGGGAAUGGAGUGGCGGAUGAGGAGUUUGACGGUAAUGCCCUUCUGCCAUUCGCGCACGGGAUGGGCCUAAUCUCAGAUGCAUUAUAUGAGGAAGUUGUAGCUGAAUGCCAGGGAGUCUAUUAUAAAUCGAACCGUAGCACUUGUGCGACCAAGCUAGCAGAAGUUGACACGAAUAUUGCAGAUUUAAACAUGUAUGACAUUCUAGAGCCAUGCUACCAUUCCAAAGGACCUAGCAGCAGGAUCAUGACUUUAGAUUCAAAGCUACCAUUGAGCUUCCGCAAGCUUGGAGAGACUGAUAAGCCUCUUCCAGUGAGGAAAAGAAUGUUUGGGCGCGCGUGGCCCCUUAGAGCUCCGGUUAGAGAUGGAAUUGUCCCAACUUGGCCUCAGCUUCUCCGAAGUGAGAGUGUCCCGUGCGUGGAUGAUAGAGCCGCCACUUCAUGGCUGAACAAUGCAGAAGUAAGGAAAGCAAUUCAUGCAGAACAAGAAAAUGUCACCGGCACUUUUGACAUAUGUACGGGUAAGAUUACUUUUUUCCAUGACGCUGGAAGCAUGAUCACGUUUCAUAAGAAUCUAACUUCUCGGGGUUAUCGGGCACUUGUAUACAGUGGUGAUCAUGAUAUGUGUGUGCCAUUUACUGGGAGUGAAGCGUGGACAAGGUCGAUUGGAUAUAAGACCAUUGAUGAUUGGAGGCCAUGGAUUGUGAAUGAGCAAGUUGCAGGGUAUGUGCAGGGCUAUGACCAUAACCUCACCUUUCUCACCAUUAAGGGAGCAGGACACACUGUCCCAGAGUACAAACCACAAGAAGCCUUAGCAUUUUAUACCCGUUGGCUGGAGGGCAACACCAUUUGAAGCAUCAAAUACUACAACUACACAAAUAAUAAUUUUUUUAUCCUAUAUUCUUAUUUUUAGGGGACUCCCACAAUAUAUAGUUUCACACAAU